CGGCAGGAGCUUCCUCCACCCGUGGAUAUUAUUAUUAUCAUUGUUAUAGUUCCAUGACAUUACCAAACCUGGGAAUUCACGCAACAUCUACAUCACUUCCACAGUCUUGCCGCCUCUUUUUUUUUUUUUUUUUUUCCCCGUAUCGCCCCAUCGCGCCCUCCUCCUCCUCCCCCUCCUUGUGCGCUUUUGGCCAUCGAGCGGCAUCACCCUUCCACGCAAUUAUCGGGCUAACUUUUCCACGCCGACGAGACGCGCGUUCAUCGCCCGGCUGCAGAGCUUGAUUGCUGCACCCACACUCACACGCACACACACACGCACACACACACACACACACACACACACACACAGACGCGCGCAAAACAAGGGAGCGCUUCCAUGGGGCGCGCGGUGUCGUUUGGAAAAUGCUCUGCAGUCGGCGUGUGAGCCAGACGGGAUUGGAGUUGUUAUUGUCCCUGCGCGUCUCUCGCCGGAGCCAGUGAAGUGUGGCGGCGAUGGGUCUCCCAGUGGCGGCUCCACGCACCGAGCACGGGCGCCUAGACCGGUGGAGCGGGACGACGGGAGGAUGGCUCCGGAUCACGCUGCUCUCUUUUUUCGCUUCUUUACCUGUGGAACAAUUGCGCGCCUUCCCUUCUUCCCUCAGCGACUGUCAGACGCCCACCGGCUGGAACUGCUCCGGUUUCGAUGACCGAGACACGGACCUGUUUUUGUGCGACACCAACACGUGCAAGUUCGACGCCGAGUGCCUAAGAAUUGGGAACAUAAUGACUUGCAUUUGUGACUUCAAGUGCAACAAUGACUAUGCUCCGGUUUGCGGCUCGAACAAUCAGAACUACCGGAACGAGUGUUUUCUGCGUAGAGAUGCCUGCAAGCAGCAGUCUGAAGUACUUAUUCUGUCCGAGGGCGCCUGUCCUGUGGAUGCCGGGUCAGGAUCAGGAGAUGAUGGAGGAGAGGGUUCCGCUGAGGCAAGUCCAAAGGAAACAUCCACGUGUGACAUUUGCCAGUUUGGGGCCGAGUGCGAUGUGGACGCAGAGGACGUUUGGUGCGUUUGCAACAUCGACUGUUCCCACAUCAGCUUCAAUCCAGUGUGUGCCUCGGACGGGCGUUCCUAUGACAACCCCUGCCAGGUGAAAGAGGCAUCCUGUCAGAAACAGGAACGUAUCGAGGUCAAGCACCUGGGCCACUGCCAAGAUGGGAACAAAGGCGGAGCUGGACAUUUUACACCGACCGACAUCACACGAAACGGACAGGCGGACGGCCUGUACACACCCUGUCCAGAUCACUACAAGAACUACUGUGUCCAUGGAGACUGCCAGUUCCCCAGUAUACCCGCCCAGCCCUCGUGCAGCUGUCACUCAGGUUUCAGCGGCCCCCAGUGUGACACCAAAGAGUACAACGUGCUCUACGUGGUCCCAGGCUCCGGAAAACUGCACUAUGUCCUCAUCGCCUCUAUCAUUGGAGCACUCCAGGUGGUCAUCAUCUGUGUAGUGGUGCUCUGCAUCACAAGAAAGUGCCCGCGGACCAACAGGAUCAACCGACAGAAGCAAAACAAUGUCCACUUCAGUUCAGAAAACACCAUGCGCGCCUCUACUCGACUUAUCUGAGCCGCGGACACAUCGGACAGAAUCGACCUUCCACUUGACGGAAGGCAGUCUCGUUUCAUGUUCCCUCCUCCCCCCACCUUUGUAGAGCAACCCAAGAAAUGUAGGAUCUGCUUCCCCUUGCCUUCUCUGCCAGUAGGAACUUCCAGGAACGCCCGUGGAGGACGGGGGACACGGGGCAAAGACGGAGUUGGCACACCAGUGAGACUCGCACCUGGGAACGUUGUCAUCGGGCGACUGUUGGCGGCGUCACUUUAAACCUUGUCACUAGCGUCCUUAAGGUUUUUUUUGGUUUUUUUCCCCAGACACCACCAUAAGAACUUGGGGUUGUGGAGAAUACUGAAUGUGGGUAUGUAUGUGUGAGCGUGUAAUAGAUGUGUGAGUUUUGGUAGAUGCGAGUUAGCUGGUGUCUGUCAUUUGUAGAUCAGGGGAAAAAGCGAACUGGGGUAGCGCAAAGCAGGGUAAGGAACUUUGAGUUAGGCUUAUUCUUUUUUUUUCUCGUGGGGAUGCUGUGGUGUGGGGAGGGCGGAGGGGGGACCCGGGCUACACGUGUUGCCUUGCACCUUGUGUUAUAGGAGACCUUUGACCGAGGGCACGAUGCUACGACGGAGCUCUCCCUUUGGUUGUGACAAAGACUUCAGCUACUGUAUCCUGGGUUCGAUUUCCAUUAGUUAUUACUACGUUGUCUUGAUGGGGUCAUUUUUCUGUAAAUGUAAAUAAAUAAUU